GCCAUCCCACAUAAGUAGUAGAUUCUGCAUAACUUACAGCAGGAGAAAUCAGCCAUGCCCUCUUCCCAGCUUCCACAUAGCAGUACCAGUGCUUCAAACUUUGAUGAGCACAGAUGGGUCAUCCAAAUCCGGCGAACCCUAGACGAAGAGCUCGAAGACGAAACCGAUAUCCCGGUUUCCAUCUUCAAUGUCCCCAAAACCCUACUGUGCAGCAAUCCCGAUUCGUAUACACCGCAGCAGGUUGCCCUUGGCCCUUACCACCACUGGCGUCCGGAGCUCUACGAGAUGGAGCGGUACAAGCUCGCUGCGGCGAAACGAACUCAGAAAGAACUCAAAACCCUAAGGUUUCAAAACCUUGUUGAUCAGUUGGUAAAGCUUGAGAUGAGGAUUCGAGCUUGCUACCACAAGUUCCUUGAGUUUAAUGGCGAAACCUUAGCCUGGAUGAUGGCUAUGGAUGCUUCCUUCUUGCUAGAAUUCCUUCAAGUCUAUGCAAUCAAAGAAGGUCAUAGGAAGUUAACACGAGUUUCGUCGAGGAUGUCACACCUGGUUGACUAUGCGGGGAGGAAAUCGGCUCACAACGCAAUUCUUAGAGACAUGGUGAUGCUCGAGAAUCAAAUCCCCAUGUUUGUUUCCCGGAAGAUGUUGGAAUUCCAAUUCUUAUCUUUAGAAUCCGCCGAUGAAAUGUUACUUUCGAUGUUGACGGGAGUGUUCAAAGAGCUUUUCCCUUUCAAGAUGAUGGAGGACUUUCCAAAAAUCCAAGUCUGUGAGAGUGCCCACUUGCUAGACUUCUUGUACCACAUGAUAGUACCCAAAGGAGAAACCCCAUCUGAAAUAACUCCUCUUGAAGAUGAUCAAAAUAAUGAAGCCGCAGAAAGAGAAGAGAAAAAGAAGCAAUGGUCUGGAAAUCCCAGUUAUGUUAAACAACUCUUUGUGGAGUCAUGGAGGCUGGUUUCCAGAUUGAACAAAGGCGUGGUCCGUUUAAUCAAACUCUUGUUGUUCUCUAAACCACUUAGAGUGUUAUUGAAAUUGCCAUGGACAAUCAUCUCCAAUCUUCCUGGACUUUCCCUCAUCUUAAAACCUAUUGAGUCAUUGUUAUUCUCUCAAAACAAAGAAGCAGCCAAACCAGAAGAUGGGAAUUCCAGUUCAAACAACAACAUUCAGAAGCCCCCGUCCAUAGAAGAAAUUGCCAUCCCUUCAGUCACCGAGCUGUCGAAGGCAGGAGUUCUGUUCUCACCGACAAACGGAGGCAUCACAAGUAUUGAUUUCGACAUUAGUACGUGCACACUUCACCUGCCUUCGGUUAGUCUUGACGUAAACAGUGAGGUCAUUUUGAGAAACCUGGUGGCAUACGAGGCAUCAAGUGCAUCAGGGCCGUUGGUUUUUACCCGGUACACUGAGCUAAUGAACGGGAUAAUCGACACGGAGGAGGACGCGAAGCUGCUGAGAGAGAGAGGGAUCAUUCUGAACCAUUUGAAGAGUGAUCAGGAGGUGGCGAAUGUGUGGAAUGGGAUGAGCAGGUCUCUUAGACUGACCAAAGUGCCCUUCUUGGACAAGGUGAUUGAAGAUGUGAACAAGUAUUAUAACGGUAAGUGGAAGGUUAGAGCUGGGAAAUUCGUGAAGGUAUAUGUGUUUGAAUCGUGGAAAGUUCUUACGUUGUUGGCUGCGAUUAUGCUGCUGGUGCUGAUGAGUUUCCAAGCAGUUUGCUCAGUUUACAGGUGCAAUCGCAUACUUCGUGUUAAGACCACCUUUGCUUGAGGGUUGUGUUUGAUGUGCGUCUGAUAAGAAGCAUUACCAAAGAUUUGUGCGUGGGGGUCAUAUUUUUUCUGUGUGCACGUGGUCCUUAAUUUGUCUUUUUUUAUUUUUUCCAGCAAUAUUUUUUGUUUACUUAUUGACCAAAAGAUAAUAUUUUAUUCUUUCUACAGAAUACUGAUGGGUUGUAACGAUUGUUGGAGUGUAUAGAUUAUUUAAUUUGUUUA